CUCUAGAGUACUGACACAAUAUACCACACAACGCGCUCUACGCCAUGUCAAAGACCAUACAGAUAAGCUCCCCGGCACAGUUUGCUGGCCUGCUGAAAAGCUCAGCGGUCGUGGUUGCCGAUUUUUACGCGGACUGGUGCGGACCUUGUAAACAGGUUGCGCCUAUAUACGAAAAGCUCUCAGAGUCCCUGUCCCAGCCAAACCGCGUCACCUUCGUGAAAAUCAACACAGAUACCCAGAAGGAGGUUGCGGCGCAGUACAACGUCUCAGCACUGCCAACGUUUAUGGUAUUCAAGCAAGGGAAGCCAGUCGAGAAAGUUCAAGGAGCAGACGUACAGAAGCUGCAGCGCGUAGUCCGAGACCUUGCGAAUAUGGCGACCGACGCCUCCGGCCCUUCGAAUUCAGGCAGCGGAAGCUCGUGGCGCAAGAUCGAACUGCCAAAGGGAUAUGGAGAUGUUACGGAUCAGGUUGAGAUUAAAGGGCUUGAGCUUCUCAACUCGGAUGGGGAGUUUGGAACUGUUAGGACCCUGCUGGAGACUGGCAAGCCUACCGCUCUCAACAGCAAUGGGAAAGAGAAGGCUGAUACCAAGGACUGGGUCGAGAGUGAUACUGAUGAGCAGCUGAUGCUUUUCAUGCCAUUCCAGGCGAAUUUGAAAAUCCACAGCGUUCAGAUCACCUCGCUGCCACCCGCGAACCCAGACAACGACGACGAAAUCCCCAUGAGACCCAAGACCCUACACUUCUACACCAACAAAUCGCACAUCCUCGGUUUCGACGAAGCAGAGGGCAUCCCGGCGACCCAAGUCGUAGUCCUCGAGGAGAAGGACUGGGACUCCACCGGCACCGCGAACGUAGUCCUGAGAUUCGUCAAGUUCCAGAACGUGACCAGCUUAGUCGUGUUUGUGGUUGAUGGCGACGGGUCCAGCGAGCGCGUCAGGGUCGAUAGGAUCGCACUUAUUGGGGAGACGGGGGAUAAGAGGGAACUUGGGAAGUUGGAGAAGAUUGGAGAUGAGCAGGGGGAGUGAUGGGAAGGAAGGGUAGGGUCUUCGGUUCAGGAAGGAACUAGAUCUUCAUAACGCUUCACACGAAUAAAAAUAGACCGGCGUUCGUCGAGAGUAUUGAUUUUACACCAGCGGGUGCCGAGUCCUUCAGACAGUACCAUCGAUUGAAAUUAACAUUCAAUCGAUAUAUUCACUCAAACGCUCCACUGAGCCGCACACAAGAGAGCAACA